AUGGUCCCCACCACAGCAACUGGAGAGCACACAGCCUCUAAUUGGAUACCUGCUACAAUCAGCAAUGGCACUGGUGGUAUGUUCACUGUGGCAAGCAGAAAUUCGAGAAAUGGGUUCCAAGUUCGUGCUGUCACUGGAGACCCGGGCUCUCGCAAUGUGUCUGAUGUAAAGUUCCCAACUGAUUACACAGAACUUCUGAUGCAGGCUAAAGAAGCUGCUGAAUCAGCUUUUAAGGAUGGAAAGAAGCUUCUGGAAAUCGAGUUCCCUACAGCUGGACUACAAACCGGUGCCAGGUUCGAGUUCGUGACCUUUUGUGUACCUACUCCCUCUGAUUCUGAACAUAAGUUGGUUUAG